CCAAAUCGGAGAAGAGUCCUAAAUUCCGGUAAACCUUAUACAGUAUGAAGUAUUAAACUCUUUCGUUCCCCAAUGCUCAGCGAUCUACCAACACAACAAAUCAACAUUGGUCUUUCACUACACCCGUAAAAAUUCCCAGCUGUUAACAGCCACCCCACAUUCAUCUUCAUUCCGUGUUUCUCCCUUCUUCACCUUCUCUCUCUGCUUUAGCACCGACAGAUCUUCAAUUCCCACUUCCCCAUUUCCAUUUCUUGAUAUAUCACAGAUCCUACACUGCACACUUGUUGCAGUGUAUUUACCCCAGCUGGGUCUUUUCCCUUUGUCAUUGCACUGAUCAAUUAAUUACCCAAUGUGUAUAAUGGAAUAGUGAAGUUUAGGGUUUAGGAUAAGUUUUCUUCUUCUUGAUUUGGGUUUAAUGGCGUCGGAGGUAGUGGGUAGUACUAGUCAGAGCUGGAAAGAUGUGUACAAGGGCAUGUCAUCUGAUAAUAUCAAAGGAUUGGUACUUGCAUUGUCUUCAAGCAUCUUUAUUGGUGCUAGCUUCAUCGUUAAGAAAAAGGGGUUAAAGAAGGCUGGUGCUUCUGGCGUCAGGGCUGGAGUUGGAGGAUACUCAUAUCUAUUUGAGCCACUUUGGUGGGUGGGAAUGAUAACAAUGAUUGUUGGAGAGGUUGCUAAUUUUGCAGCUUAUGCAUUUGCUCCUGCCAUUUUGGUGACUCCUCUUGGUGCUCUGAGUAUUAUUAUAAGUGCCGUCCUUGCGCGCAUUAUUUUGCGGGAGAAGCUACAUACAUUUGGAAUUUUAGGUUGUGCUUUAUGUGUUGUGGGUUCCAUCACAAUUGUAUUGCAUGCUCCACAAGAACGUGAGAUUGAAUCUGUGACAGAAGUGUGGGAUCUUGCUACUGAGCCAGCUUUUCUCUUCUAUGCUGCUUUGGUGGUAACAACUUCCCUAGUUCUUAUAUUUCACUAUCUUCCGCAAUAUGGGCAGACACACAUUAUGUUUUACAUAGGAGUUUGCUCGCUAGUGGGUUCUUUAUCGGUUAUGAGUGUCAAAGCAAUUGGCAUUGCUUUGAAGUUGACAUUAUCAGGAAUGAAUCAGUUAAUAUAUCCACAGACUUGGGCAUUUACUCUGAUUGUCAUUGUUUGUAUUCUCACCCAAAUGAAUUACUUAAAUAAGGCCCUUGACACAUUCAAUACAGCUGUCGUCUCACCGAUAUACUAUGUCAUGUUUACUUCGUUAACAAUUUUGGCAAGCGUCAUCAUGUUCAAGGACUGGGAUAGGCAGAAUCCAACACAAAUUGUAACAGAAAUGUGUGGGUUUGUGACUAUUCUUUCCGGGACUUUCCUUCUUCACAAAACCAAAGACAUGGUGGAUGGUACGCGAUGCAGUUUUUCUUGUCCGCCCAUGCUACCUGUGCGACUUCCCAAGCACACCGAUGAGGAUGGUUUUGGACAAGAAGGUAUUCCUUUGAAGCGGCAAGAAUCUUUGAGAUCAUAGUGUGAUAUUUGUUUUCCUCUUUUUUCCUUUUCCUCUCUUUCUUUUCACCCCGGUCCAGGAAACAAUUCUUACCACACCCAAAUUCAGCUGCACAAUUCCCUCAUUUGUUCUUCUCGUUCUUCCAAGAAGAGACCACACACCAAUUGUAUUCCAUUGGACUGAUUUUGUCAUGUGUAGUGAGUAAAAAGGAAGAGCUAUUCUAUACAUCUUUAAGCCAUGAAAACAGCACCAACUGUGGAGUUGCAAUUGUUCUAUACUUUA